ACCCACGCGACAAACGCAUACCACUUCCCCGUCCUCCUCGGCAUCUUCAUCCUCGCCUUCUUUCCCGGUCUCAUCGGUCCAAUCUUCGCUUCACCCUUCACACUACUCAGCUACAGUUGCUCGCUACUUCCUUGGGCAGCAUCUACCCCACCACCGACACAACCUACACCACAUACCACAACCAUGUCUUGGACGCAAAAGCAAUUCACCCUGCCUGCCAAGAGCAGAGGCAGUUAUCUCAUCACUGAUCAAGUGAUGGAGAAGGUGCCAGAGAUCAAGGAUUACAAAGUCGGCAUCUUGCAGCUGUUUGUUCAGCACACCAGUUGCGCCUUGUCUUUGAACGAGAACUGGGAUGAGGAUGUUCGCGACGACAUGUCCGACGCCCUCGACCGCAUCGCCCCGGAAGACCGCAAAGGAAACCUCUACCGCCACUCGGCCGAAGGAUUGGACGACAUGCCCGCCCACAUCAAAUCCGCUUUGAUCGGUGCUUCCGUGAGCGUCCCCAUCACAAAUGGAAAGCUGGCAACGGGCACUUGGCAGGGUAUUUGGUUCUUGGAGUUCAGGGCUAGCAAGCAUCAGAGAAAGGUUGUUGCUACUAUUCAGGGUGAAAAGGCUUGAAUGGAAGGAAGACUUCGAUGCUCGAGAGAUACGAUUGGGAGAAGAAGUGGCUGUCCUGCUGGUCAGCACAGAUGUGGACAUAUGAUAUAAUGAACAAAUGCCCUUUGAUGCUGCAAGGCUUCAAAAGGCAAAUAUUAUAAACGUGAUCUCCGCUGUUGAAGACAAUGUGUUCGUGACAAC